AUGACUUGCGGGAAAAAUUCAACGUAUAUUAGUUGGAAUAUUCAAAACCAAAUAAUAGAUGCUUGCGAUGAAGUCAUUUUAACAAAACUUGUAACUAAAAUUAACAACGCUAAAUGUUUUACUAUACUCGCUGACGAAACGUCUGAUAUUUCCUCUAUUGAACAAUUCGCAUUGUGUGUAAGAUAUAUUGAAUCAAUCAAUGUAAACAAUUUUAAAAUAGUUGAACAUUUUUUAAAAUUUGUACCAGUAGAAUCAACUUCCGGUCAAAAUUUAGCAGAUGUACUUCUAACAACAUUGAAUUCAUGUGGUAUUAAUAUAAACUAUUUACGAGGACAAGGCUACGAUGGGGCUGCAGCGAUGAGUGGCAAAUUUAAAGGCGUCCAAGCGCGCAUAAUAGAAAAACAUCCAACUGCACUCUAUGUACAUUGUGUUUCACACAGCUUAAAUUUGGCUUUAUCUAAUGCUGUUGAUGUAGUACCUAUUAGGAAUAGUUUUGGUGUUAUAGAAAAAGUGUACACGUUUUUUAAUACACCAAAACGUCAGAUUGUUUUAAAAAAUCAAAUUCAACUUUUAGUUCCUGAUAUUAAUAAAACUAAACUUGUUCAACUAUGUCCAACUAGAUGGGUUGAACGACACGAUUCAAUAAUAGUAUUCAAUCAACUUUUAUUACCUGUAGUGGCGGCGUUAGAAGAAAUUCAAUCGUGGAACUGUAAAGACWCUUCAUCAGGUGCAUUUUUACUUUUAAAUGGUAUUCGUCAAUCUACAUUUAUUAUUUCAUUACUCUGUUCAGAAAAAUUAUUAGCUUAUACUUUACCAAUAAGUAAAAUACUUCAAACRACAGAUAUARAUCUWUCWACUGMAGUUAACCAAGUAGAAAGUGUAGUGUCUAUUCUCCGACGACUUAGAAGUAAUGCYGACARUGAAUUUAARCAAUUAUUUUUAGAAGCACAAGAAGUUUCCUCUAAUUUAGACUUGACUAUGUCUAUACCUAGACUAACAAAACACCAAACUAAGCGAUGUAAUACACCAUCAGAAAACAUUGAAGAAUACUAUAGACGUUCAAUUUUUAUUCCAUGGGUCGAUUCAUUUCUUAAUAGUCUUUCUGAUCGAUUUUUGAAACAUAAAAAUCUCCUCACAAGUUUUAAAUGUCUUUUACCAACCGGACAUAAUCCAACAGAUGAACAAAUUUCAAGUUUUAAAAAUAUUUUUGACUUUUAUGAAAAAGAUAUGCAACAAAUUAGUUUUUCUGUCGCUAAGGCCGAAUUCGAAUUGUGGUAUGAAAAAUUCAAAAACUGUGGCUAUACUUUACCGCUAAACGCAAUUGAUGGUUUAAAUUUAUGUGAUGUUAAAAUAUUUGAAUCAAACGAUACCACGAAAUAG